AUGUUGAAAAGAUUAAAUCAAUAUAAAUCUAUAAUUCGUUUUCAUCAUUGUACAGCCAUCCCACUCGAUAAUCGUUCUUUAAUAAAAGUUCACGGUGAUGACACAUCGAAAUUUCUACAAGGUCUGAUUACGAAUGAUAUAGAAAAUUUUAAAAAUACAAAUGCUAUCUAUAGUAUGUUACUCAAUGCACGUGGAAGAAUUCUGUAUGAUAUGAUUAUUUAUAAUAAUCAUCAAUUAAAUAAAUCAUCUUAUUUAAUCGAAAUAUCUCAAAAUGCAGCCGCUGAUUUUAUGCGUAUUUUACGUACAUAUAAGCUUCGUAAACAAGUUAAUAUUGAAGAUGUUACAGAAGUCUACCGUAUUUGGUCAAUACUUGCGUGUCAAAAAGAAGUUCACUCGAAUAGAAAUGAUCUUCGUGAUAGUUUAAAUUUUAAAACACGACAAGGUCUCAUUAUAGGUCAAUCCGAUCCACGACAUCCGAGUCUCGGCGUACGUCUCAUAACCGAACGGAAAACUCAAUUAGAUAAUCUUGUCGAUUAUUGUAGUAUAUCUAAUGAUACAUCAAUAUAUAAAAAAUGGUUAUAUCAACAUGGUAUUGCCGAAGGUACUGAAGAUAUUCCAUCGGGCGAAUGCAUCCCGCUUGAAUACAAUAUUGUCUUUUUAAAUGGCGUAUCAUUUAGUAAAGGUUGUUAUAUAGGACAAGAGCUUGUUGCGCGUACACAUCAUACAGGUGUUAUACGCAAACGACUAAUGCCUAUUCAAAUAAAAAAUUAUGAAGAAUUAUCAAAAAGUUUUGAACAUAAAAUAAACGAUUUGACAAUUAUUAAUCAAGAAACAAAACGACGUGCCGGUAAAUUAUGUGCAUCAGUGAACGAAACUGGCAUAGCAUUAAUACGUUUAAAUGAAUGGAAGCAUAAUUUACGCAUUCAAAAUGCUGAUGUGCCGAUAAAACCUUCGAUACCGACUUGGUGGCCACCACUUGAUGAAGCAACAAAACUUGAAAUGCGAAUUGAUCAUUUCAGUAGCAGCAGUUAG